CUUUAAUGCUGGUUUUGAAUAUCCUAUUCUAUUUCUAGUCGUGCAACAUCCUCCUCCUUCUUCAUCUCUCUUUCUUGUCAGAAACCCAAAUAAUUGAGAAAGAAAUUAGAUCCAAAGAAUGAGUCUUUCUACAGCAAUUACAACUUGGGGUCACACCCAUUAUUCCCUUUUUGACGUUGGAAAUAACGGCAGAUCCAAAUUUUACUCUCACAGAUUCUUGCCUCAUCAGAAAGUCAAAUUCUCCAAGAACCCUUCUCUUUCUGUCUCAGCUAUCCUUACCAAACAACAAACUGAUGCAACAAAAGAGGAAACCAAGAAACAAGCAAUGGAGUUCAAAGAAUACGUUCUUGAAAAGGCUAAUCUUGUCAACAAAGCUUUGGAAAAAGCAGUUUUGCUUAAAGAGCCAAUCAAGAUUCAUGAAUCUAUGAGGUAUUCUCUUCUUGCUGGUGGGAAAAGAAUCAGACCCAUGUUGUGUAUAGCUGCUUGUGAGCUUGUUGGUGGUGAAGGGUCCACAGCUAUGCCAGCUGCUUGUGCUGUUGAAAUGAUUCACACUAUGUCUUUAAUUCAUGAUGAUCUUCCUUGUAUGGAUAAUGAUGAUUUUAGAAGAGGGAAACCUACAAAUCACAAGAUUUAUGGUGAGGAUGUUGCUGUUUUAGCAGGGGAUGCACUACUUGCAUUAGCCUUUGAACACAUUGCUACUCAAACAAAAGGGGUUCCUUCUGAUAGAGUUGUGAGGGUAAUUGGUGAGUUAGCUAAGUGUAUUGGUGCUGAGGGAUUAGUAGCUGGGCAAGUUGUAGAUAUAACAUCUGAGGGUAUUACUGAUGUUGAUUUGAAGCAUUUAGAGUUCAUUCAUUUGCACAAGACUGCAGCUUUAUUAGAAGGGUCAGUAGUGUUAGGGGCUAUAUUAGGAGGGGCAAAAGAUGAAGAUGUGGAGAAGUUAAGGAAGUUUGCAAGAUGUAUUGGGUUGUUAUUUCAAGUUGUGGAUGAUAUUCUUGAUGUUACAAAGUCUUCUCAGGAAUUGGGGAAAACAGCAGGGAAGGAUUUAGUUGCUGAUAAAGUAACUUAUCCUAAACUGAUUGGUAUUGAGAAGUCUAGGGAGUUUGCUGAGGAGUUAAACAAAGAUGCAAAAGCUCAGCUUACUGGAUUUGAUCAAGAGAAAGCAGCUCCAUUGAUUGCUCUUGCUAAUUAUAUUGCUUAUAGAGAGAAUUAAAUUGUAACAACAGGAUUCUCUGUGAUUCCUGAUAUUACUAAACAAUGAAAAUAUGAAUUUAUGGUCAA